AUGAGUUUCGUAGGCCCAAUGCCACUCAAAGCAGUGGCUCCCGUACGCAUCGCUGGUUCAAGGUCUCUUACCAAGUGCCAGCGGCGAUGCAUAGCGACGCAAGCGACAAGAGCACAACCGCGGAGACCCUCAAUAGCACAAAGACAGCCUCAGACUAGCACACAGUCAAUACGAUUCUUCCAUGCUUCCCCUCAAUCAUUCGCCAUGGCCGACCCAUACAAGACGCUUGGAGUCAGUAGAGAUGCAUCGCCAGCCGACAUCAAGAAAGCAUACUAUGGACUGGCGAAGAAAUACCACCCUGAUACGAACAAGGACGCUGGCGCAAAAGAGAAGUUUGCUGCCGCGCAAUCCGCAUACGAAGUCUUAUCCGACGCCGAGAAGAAGAAGGCUUUUGAUACGUACGGCGCAGGCGCUUUCGAUGCCAACGGUGGCUUCAAUCCUGGCGCCAGUGCCGGUGCUGGGCCUGGGGGGCCUGGGGGCAAUCCGUUUGGCGGGGGCUUUGGUGGUUUUGGUGGUUUUGGCGGUGGCGCACAGGGUCCGUUCCAAGACAUCAAUUUUGAGGACUUGUUCGGGGCAUUCACGGGCGGUCGAAGAGGAAGGGCGGGUGGGCGGAGGAAUCCUUUCGAGGAGGAGAUUUUGGUGGGCGACAAUAUCGAAGUGCAAACAAACAUUUCAUUCCUGGAUGCAGCCAAGGGCGUUAAGAAAGAUAUUCACAUUACACCACUGGUCGAGUGUGGGACGUGUAGUGGCAGUGGGCUGAAGCAGGGAGCAAAACGAGCAGAGUGUAAGAGCUGUGGGGGUACUGGACAGAGGGUAACAAGCAUGGGCGGCUUCCACAUGAGUGCAACUUGCUCGUCAUGCGGCGGUUCAGGAUUCGCAAUCCCCCGAGGCUCUUCGUGCGGCACUUGCGGUGGCGACGGAGCAGUCAAGGAAAGAAAAACCAUCACGAUUGAAAUUCCUGGUGGUGUCGAAGAUGGCAUGCGCCUGCGCGUCAACGGCGAGGGAGAUGCGCCACUUACCGGACAAGCCAUGUCUUCUGGCCAGAUUCGUGGUCAAAAGGGAGAUCUCUACGUCCUCAUUCGCGUGGCUACCGACUCCAAGUUCAAGCGGAACGGCUCCGACAUUCUCCACACGGCGACUAUCCCCCUGACUACUGCUGUGUUGGGAGGUGAAAUCAAGGUUCCCACCCUGGACGGUGAAGUCAAGGUCAAGGUGCCAACUGGCUCCGGCACGGGAGACCGCAUUACUCUUCCUGGCAUGGGCAUGAAGGUGCUUUCUGGACGACGUGGCGGCAAGGGUGACUUGCGUGUAGAGUUCAAAGUCAAUAUGCCCAAGUAUCUCAGCGUCAACCAGCGAACUAUUCUCGAGAUGCUUGCGGAUGAGAUGGGAGAUAAGAACGCACAGCGGGUCAUCAAUCCUGGCAAGAUGAAGGAUGAGGCAGGCAACACGACUCAAACCGGACAUGAAAACGAGGGGUUCCUCAAGAACGCAUGGCACAAUCUGACUGGGCAACAUAAGCACCUUAGCCCCGAAGAACGACGGCAGGCGGAAGAAGACGAGAAGAAGAAGGGGUCGGGCUGA